AACUUUCUUAAAUCAGACCUAAAAAGUCUCAUCUGAAAUCAGGAUAAUGAUGCUAAAGUACAGGAUGAUGUUACUACUGAUGGCUAUAUGUAUGAUGAUUCUGGUGAUGAAAAAUGUAUUUUUAACAAACGAUAUACCAACAAAAGUAUCAAACAAAACAUCAAAGAUUAAAAAGAAGAACGAAUUUGAAGUUAUGAACAAUGUGGAAAAACAUCGACAUAUUAUAAUAUUCACAAAUAGACGAAGUGGAUCAAGUUUUAUUGGGAAAUUAUUCAGCGAACAUCCUGAUGUGUUUUACAUGUUUGAGCCGCUAAAACCUUUGGAGUUUAUGAGUGAAAAGAAUAUCAUGGAAGAUAUUGGAUACAAUUACACAAAUGACAUCAUAAAAUGUAAGUUCAGUAGUUUGUAUAACCAUUCAAUACACCACCCCAAACAACCAUGGAAAAUGAGCAAAAUCUUUCCUGGAUAUAACAACAUGAAUGAUAUUUUGAACACUUGCAAAGAGAAACCGAUAGUUGUAGGUAAAAUUAUUCGUAUUCAUGACUUGGAGAAACUAAUUAAAGCUGUCGCAAAUGACGUUCAGAUUCUCUUACUGUUAAGGGACCCCAGAGGAAUCCUCAAUUCAAGGAUACACGAAAAAGAAAAGUAUAAAAAUAUGGCAUUGCAUAAGAAGAAACUUGAUAUGAAAAAAGUAUGUGCUAUGGACUUGAAAAACCUCAAAUUCUUCCUACGAAUAAAUGACGCCCAAGAGAAAUCACUUUCAGAUGAGUCUCGCCAAAAGAUUGCUGACGACAAACGAAAUUUACCUCUUCAUGGACUUAAACGAUCCACUGUUAGGGUUCAACAACAUAACAUUAGGCUUAUUCUUUAUGACAAGUUUGUAUUAGAUCCCAUAAAACAAACUUCAGAGAUCUAUCAAAGCCUAGGCCUUCAAAUGCAUGAGAAUGUAUCUCAGUGGUUGAUGAAAAACAGCAAUCAAAAAUCAAACUUGACCUAUGGUACAUCUAGAAAAUCUGAGGAUAUGGCGAGAAAAUGGAAAACGGAGCUUUCAACAUCUGAUUUGAAAAUGGUGGAAAAUAUUGAAGAAUGUUUAGAACUAAUUCAAGUGUUAACAAGGCAUUAACACACCAACUGCCGAACGCUGAAUGCAGAACAUCAACCACAGAAUGCCGAACACCAUCCCCAAAAACUUUGCCCAUGCUCCGACUAUAUCCGAUUAUUAUUGGAAGGUGCACCAA